CACAAGGCGACGACCGGCGCCGUGACAAAGCUUUGCGGCUUAUAAAAACGCACAUGCCCAAGACCACCCCCAUCAAACAACAAACCCCACACGCACCCGGCGAAGUAGACAGACACACACAGAUACACAAACGGAAACUCAGAGGAGCUGCUGCUGUUCCUGAGCUGCUCGGCUCGUCUCAGCCAUCAUGGGGGUGCAGAGCAGCGACGGCCAGGUGAUGUUCUCCUCCAUCGCGCUGCUGCAGCAGCGGUUCAGGAAGCUGGAGAGGAUCAGGGAGAAGCGGGAGGAGAGGCUCCUCCACGUGCUCGCUCCCCGCCCCGCCGCUGCCCCGAGGGAGACGCCGGUCAAGUGGUUCUUCCACCCGGAGCUGCUCUACCCGUGCAGGCCGCUGCGCGACACCGCUGCCGUCACCUUAUUCCCAGCCGUGCCGACCACUGCCAGUGAAUGCAAAACCUUCCAGCUCCGCGGCGACCCCAUCGCGGUGGAGCUGUGGCCUAGUAAGAUCUACAACUACAAGCAUGUCUCUGGCGAAGUCGACGUCGACACCUCACUGCACCUCUAGACUGCUGUGCUGCUACUGCUACUGGAAAAAUGUUGCAAUGCCCUAAGCUGAUGUUAACCUUGCCAGUCUCAUCGCUCGUAGGAGUUGCUCUCGCUGUUUUUGUGCUAGCCUACUACUAUGUUUUUCUCUUCUGUUGUAACAAGGGGUAUUAGGAGGGGUGAUGGGGAGCUGUAAUUAUUACCCGUAGUACCGAUGGUCUUGGAGUUGUUUUCUUGUCACCUUCGCGCACUAGAACUGCUUGCAUCUUCCAAUUCGGCACUGUUGUCAUCCGAGCAUGAGAGUAUUUCUGCAGGGCAGCCAUUCUCUGUAAUGUCUGGACACUCGUCAUCAUCGCUGUUGGACGAAUCGCCACAGUCUUUCUUCUUCCGUUUGAUGAUCUUCUUGGAAAUCAGACGGUUCA